GAUCAUCGGAGCAGGGAUUUCGGGGUUGUUCCUCGCGUUGCUCCUCGACGAGCUGCAGAUCCCGCGGCUGGAAUACGAGAUCUUGGAGUCCAGCAAUCGAGUCGGGGGCCGGAUCUAUUCCUACGAGUUCCCCCCACGAACAGCAGCGAACGUUAACAAUGGCACGGAUUAUUACGAUGUCGGCGCCAUGCGCUUCCCGGAUCACCAUAUCAAAUGCAUGGGCAGAACUGUCCCCACAUGUUCAACUCGAUCGCCCAGAUCUCAACCCGCAAUGACUCCGACCGAACGACGGGGGAUCCUUUCCGGUUCAGUAUCUCCAAUGGAGGGAUGGUACCUGACGAGGAAGGCGCCGGCGCAAUCAUGGGGCGAUGUUUUCAGGAUCUGACGCGACGAUUAGUCGAGGACUUCGACGCUGGAUUUGCCGAGUUGGUCAAGUUAGAUUACUUCACCACUCGAGGAUAUCUGCAGACCGAAAUUGGUUAUGACUUCUACUCCAUCUGGUACUUAGAAACAGUUUUCAGCGCGUCGGGACUGUACGACCAGUCACUCUCGGAAGCCGUGCUCGACUGGCUCGACUUCGAGUAUCCCAACCUCGCGGGCACACAGACACCAUGGUACCGUGUCCAAGGUGGAACGGGGCAAGUGGUAAGGCAAAUCACGCGGAGGCUUUCACGGCAGCCAAGCCGCAGCAAGCGCGUCGCGAAGAUGGUGUAUCAGCCUGGGGCCAAUCCGUCGUAUCCAGUCUCAGUGCAGGUGGAAGGGGAGGAAGAGGGGCGAAUGCGAGAGUACACGGCGGUGUUCAACACGAGCAGUCUGCCGUGUCUGCGACGGAUGGAGAUGCAAGGCGAGAUCCUGAGUGCGGGACAGAAAGCAGCAAUCCAGAGCGUGCAUUAUGACGGGGCGACGAAGAUGGCGGUGCGGUUCAAGUUCGCGUGGUGGUCGCGUUACUGCCAGAUCCAGGGCGGGCAGGCACUGACCGAUCUGCCCAUCCGCACGUGUGUGUAUCCGUCCGACCCGGACUCGCGCGUGCUGCUCUGUUCCUACACCUGGGCUCAGGAUGCCCAGGCGAUGGGCUCGCUUCUAUCCUCGUCGCCAUCGUCGUCGUCCUCCUCUCCCGAUCAACUCCGACGACUAGUCGUGCACAACCUCGCCGUACUGCAUCAAGGCUACCUCGACCCCCUCACGAACGGCACGCCGUACGGCUACGAGCGCAUGCAGGCCAUCAUCGAUAACGCCUACGACUCCCACCACGCCUACGACUGGGCCCGCGACCCGCACACGGCCGGCGCCUUCGCCUACUUUGGCCCUGGCCAGUUCCGUCAUCUGUACCCCGAGUUGGUCAAGCCCGCCGCCGACGGCCAUGUCUACUUGAUCGGCGAGGCCUGUAGUGCCCACCAUGCCUGGAUUGCCGGUUCCCUCGACAGCGCCUAUCGCGGUCUGUGUCAGCUGCUCACUAAGCUAGCGCGCCAGGGUCGCCUGCCGCCGGACACUCUACACAGACUGCAGCGCAGCUGGGGGGAGUUGGAGGAGGUCGCGCCCGACGUCUUACAGUGGGAGGCGUUCUUGGGUGAGCUUGCGCUGCAGAGCAGAUCUCCCGGGCAGUGACCUGCUCACUUCAUGGUGACUUGGAAUGACAGCCGGCCCGAGUCAAGCAGGAACUAUCCCAUUUUGAGGCGAGUCCGGGUUAUUGACAGCUGAUAAGGCAAGUCAUGAUUGUAUAACAAUACUGAUCGACGGCGUACAGUCAUAGUGAGUGGUUAAACAGAUUAUAUGCCCAAUUAUGGCCAAUAUGACUGUCGAUGGUGGUUUAUGGAGCACUGCCACGGAAGGCAGGCGUGCUGGGUA